ACUCGUGGGUGAAGCACAUGGAAACUCCCGGGGUCUAGUAUCUGGUCACAGAAAAUCUUUUAUUGCGAGUUCAGCCAGACGCUUCUCCUUCAUGGUGUCCAACUCGGCAUGGACUAUAGUGACCGACUUCUCUCGUGUACACCAAGGCUGGAAGGAUAAAUUUGAUUGGAUACUCACAAAAGUCAGCGUGUACAGGAGACAAAACACGCUAGCCAACGAGACACCGGGCGCGGAAGAGUCUGACAUACGUCAAUUCUUCCGGAAUGCGAUGAGAAAACUUCUCGUACACUUGGGUAAAUUUAACAUCCGCACCCUGUUGCAGAAAACUUUUCCUUUCUUUAUGCCAUCAGUUGAAUAUGGUGUGUUAGAAAAUGUAGACGUAGCCCUAGAAAGAGAAGUCAACGAAGAAGCAGAACAAAAUAAUAUCGAUAACGAAGCAGUAGAUGUUGAGGAAGUAGAAGACGGAUCGAUGGGAGAAGAAAGAAACGAAAGCAACAAAGAAGAAUCAAUGGAUAACAUUGAUAUAACUGAUGAAGACACAGAUGAUCCAGAAUUAGAAGACAAUGACAUACCCGACGUAAUGGAAAAUGUAAAAUUCAUCGAAAGAUUAGUUAAAAUGGAUGGAGCGGAUGAAGAACAAGUAGAUUCGCAGAAUAACAUGCUAAUGAGAAACAACCUGAAAAUCAAAGAGCUUCUGGGAAAUUACCUAAUGUUAACAGUGGAGAAGCUAAAGAAAGAAGAAAACCGAAUCGAAAGGAAAGUGACGCGCACAUGCUCGAAGACAAUGGAACUAAGACAACGACUUGGAGAUGACUCUAAGGUAUCAAAAUACGAGAAAAAACUUGAAGCCCUCUGUGUCGAGUUAGAACAAACAAGGGAUAAAAAAAAUAUGGGUCUUAAAUUCAUCGAAAGGAUCAGACAUCUUGAUAACGCCACACAGUUCUACGUCUUGGAAGACGAAUGCGAAGUAGCACAGCACAUUCUGCCGCACAUAUUGUGUCCGGUGAUUACAGUACCAAAACAUAUUCGAGAAGAAAACAAAACUAUUUCUUCAUUGCCUAAUGAAAUGCUAGAAAAGGUUUUCUCGUAUAUCUCUCUGAAUGAUAUGCUUGUCAACGUUCUCCUGGUAAACAAACGUUGGAACGAAGUUGGCAACAACUCAAAGUGUUGGACCAAUGUUGACCUGAGCAAGCUGCCGUGCAGAGCCAAAAAUAGUUGUGGUGGUAGGAACUUGUUCGAUUAUCAUGGCCGAUCGAAGCGAGUGAAGAAUUUGACUGGUUCUGAUAUAACUGACGGCUUCAUAAAAAAUGUCGUGGCUCACUGUCCGAAUCUCAGAUCGUUGAAAAUGCUCUCUGUGAAGCAAAUUUCAGAAGGAAGCUUCGCAACAUUGGCAAAAAGCUGUCCGUCAUUACACCGAAUUCAAUCGGAGUACUCUCGCUCAGCAGCUAACCCUCCAGAGGCAUGGAUACAAGAAGCUUGCCAGUUGCCAAGUUUAAGAGAGUUUUAUCUAUGCAACAGAUACCAAUUGAAUACGGAGUUAGUUUCCAUCAUUGCGACAAACGGAAAUCGCUUACAGGACAUCUCAGCAAACGUAGCAUUUGCGAGCGACGAUGGAAUCACAGAAAUGCUCGUGAACUUGAAACAAAGCCUCAGGAGACUUCACCUACUUCUUUGUGAAUUUACGCCGGAAAUGAGAAGAGCACUGCACGAAUGCAAGAAAUUGUUCUGCUUGAAUAUUACCGCAAUAGAAGUACCAUUCAGCCUAGGACAGGAUCAUUUCUGUGCUCAUCUAACGCAAUUGACUCAUCUAGACAUCUCACUUUCAAUUUUUUCUUCAACUUUGCACGUUCCUGUGAUGUUCCGGAAUCUAGUUUUGCCUAACGUAACAGUAUUGAGUAUCUCUAAACUAAGAGUUUGUGACACCGGAUACGAUGAAAUGGUGCGCGAUAUUGUAGUAGCUUUUCCAAAGUUGCGGGUGUUCACUAUCGCGAUCUGUCGACCAUACAUAUUAGCAAUGACUCCAUACAUGUUCAAAACCUGUAAAGACUUGAAGUGCAUCAAGGUAGCAGUGCAAGGUGAUAGUGCGGGUUUGGCAGACCUGGCAAAGAAAAGCUUCAAAAUACAUGGCCUGAACAUCAGCAUGCAGUGCAGUGGCCCAUUGAAGCCAUGUAGGCAUUUACAGCCACCAGUGAGGCAAAGAGUGCGCGAGGUGUGAAAAUGCCGAAUUUGAACUCUUUUCUUUCUUGAGUCCACAUUUUGGUGCUUCUUUCUAUUGCAUAAGCUAAUCCAUGCUGGAUGGUAUGUUCACUGUUGAGGUGUAAAUAAGCUUGUGUUAGUAAUUAGAUAUUGCAAUUGUCAUUACUUGCACCUUUUUGAUAAGGUGCUGAGAUAUGCUGCUAAUCGUUCUCUUGUGAGACAGCGUAUUUUCCGCUUGAAUGUUUUUCCUCUGAUAUGAGUUUCUUAAGUAUUUAAUGAAACGUGUCAAAAUUAUGAUGAGGAAUGUCGUCAG